UAUGUGAUCCAUUAUAAUGAUAUACAUCCUUGAAUAUCCUAAUUCCUAACUUAGCUAUUUUCAACCACACACACAGAAAUAAAUAAAGCACAGCUCAUUAUUCAACAUGGCUGCUCCCAAUAGAACACUCUCCCUUGCCAUGGAGAGAACCAGCCAAUGGGUUUUCUCUCAAGAACUUCCAUCAGAUCUUAUAGUUCAAGUUGGAGAAGCAAGUUUCCCUCUCCACAAGUUUAUGCUAGUGGCAAAGAGCAACUACAUCAGAAAACUGAUAAAGGAAUCAGAAGAGAUUGAAGAAAAUGAACUCACCAGGAUCGACCUUUCGGGCAUUCCGGGAGGUAGUGGAACCUUUGAGAAGGCAGCGAAGUUCUGUUACGGCGUUAAGUUCGAUAUAACGGCUCAAAACGUCGCCGCUUUGCGCUGUGCCGCGGAGUUCCUCCAGAUGACGGAAGGGAACAACCUCGCCGGAAAAACUGAGGACUAUCUCUCUCAUGUUGCGUUCUUCACACUCACCGGCGCCAUCACGGUACUGAGAUCGUGCCGGAACCUCCUCCCUCUCGCCGACGAACUCAACAUCGUGAAACGCUGCGUGGAGGCCGUCAGCGCCAAGGCUUGCAGCGAGGCAAAUUUUCCGAGCAGGUCACCGGCGAACUGGUGGACGGAGGAUCUCGCCGUUCUCGACGUAGAUUUCUUCGGAAAAGUCAUCGCCGCCAUGAAGAAUCGCGGCGCCAAACCGAAAACCCUAGCAGCAGCGUUAAUCGCUUAUGCAGAGCGAUCUCUCUCCACCGACAGAAUCCGUCUUUUGAAUCCUAGUGAUUCCGAUUCUGAUCACCGAACAAAUCCGCGGAAGCUUCUGGAAUCGGUGGUAGAUCUCUUCCCCUCUGAUAAAACCGCUUUUCCGGCUAGCUUCGUCUGCUGCCUCCUCCGCUGCGCGAUCUACGUCAGAGCAUCUAACUACUGCAGGAGCGAACUGGAGAAGCGGAUCGCGGCGGUUCUAGAACUCGCAACGGUGGACGACAUCCUCGUUCUGUCGUUCGCCUACGACGGCGACAGGCUCUCAGAUCUCGAGACCGUACGGAAGAUCGUGUCGGCGUUCAUAGAGAACGAAAAGCAUGCAGCGGUUAUCUCUGCCGCCGACGAUAACUGCUCCGUCGCGCUGCGCCGCGUGACCAAAACCGUCGACGCUUACCUCGCCGAGAUCGCUUCGUUCAAUGAUCUCACAAUCUCGAAGUUCAACGCCAUCGCAACCCUAAUUCCCAAAUUUGCACGCGAGAUCGACGACGAUCUCUACCGCGCCGUAGACAUCUACCUCAAGGCGCACUCGAAGCUUGAUGAGAUAGAGAGGGAGAAGUUGUGUAGUGUGAUGGAUCCGUUGAAGCUAUCAUACGAGGCGCGUGUGCACGCGUCGCAGAACAAGCGUUUACCGGUGCAGAUGGUGCUUCAUGCUCUUUACUACGACCAACUGCGACUGAGGAGUGAGGAAGAAGAGGAACACCGUGCUGCGGCGGCGGCGGCGGCGGCGGUGGAUGUGUCGUUGGUGAAGGAGAAUGAGGAGCUGAGAACGGAGCUGAUGAGGAUGAAGAUGUACGUUACGGAUCUGGAGAAGAACGCUCUGGAAACGACGUCUUCGUCGUCGUCAACGAUGAAGAAGAAGGCCACGUUUUUGUCCUCUGUUUCUAGGAGGCUGGGGAAGAUGAACCCGUUUAGAAAUGGUUCAAAAGAUACGACCCAAUUAGAUGAUGGGCCUGUGGAUUUCAAUCGGCCCAGAAGGAGAAGGUUCUCUGUUUCCUAGAUUGUUGUUUUUCUCUCGUAUUGUAAUAUGUACUUGACCCAAAAGACAAAAAAGUAAACAAAAAAAACAAAGAAAAAAGAGUACCAUUGUAAAAGUUUGUUGAAAUUGUUGAGGUGAUGCAUCAUGGAUAUAUGUUUUAUGUGGGAGAAUGUGAUGGAGUUAUGAAUCGUUCCAAUUUCUGAA